UUGUCCGGGUGUGUGCAAACUUUUGGUUGCACGUGAUCCCUCUCGAAGUCUAUUGAACUAAACGCUUUAAGGCAUGAAGCAACUUUGUCUUUUUUUUGGGUUGCAGCAGCCACCGCCACAUCGGGAGCUCGUAAGCUAAGAAAGUUCGACGUUAGUCUUUGGGUGGUGCUCCCCCCUAAAUUUGGAUUUGCACUUUUUCUAGCAUUGUGAUUGGCCCGCUUACUGCCGCUGGCAACUUCAACCCUCCAGCCUCACUCUUCUUCUUCCAUAUCUAUCAUUUCCAUCUUUGAACACUUAUAUGUUGAUGAUCGUUUGUUUGAACACAGCACUCCUCUUCGAACCAUGUCUCAGCCAGCCAAGGAUGAAGCUGCCGCUCCACAGCCUCAUGCUAUGGCUCUCACCACCAAGGAACGGAAUGAUCGCUCGUGGGAACCAUGCAAAGAUGAGAUUAGACGCAUCUAUGUGGAGAGAAGAAGACCGCUCAGACAGACUAUGCAAGAGAUUGAGAGCAAAUUUCAAUUCCAGAAGAGUGAACGUACUGGGAAAACGAAGAUGCGAGAAUGGGGAUUCGACAAGAAUUUGACAAGCGACAUGAAAUUUAUGUUGCACAAAGCUGAGAAGCGAGCUCUAGAGGAAGGAAAAGAAACAGAGUUCACGAGGAAUGAUGUCGUCGUUCCCACCGAAACUAUCCGUCAAUUCAAGAAACCGAGAGCGGAACCGGGAGCUGACUUUUCAUUACCAGAGAUAGCGACGCCCCAACACGUUACAUAUGCUACACCCAGAGAAACUGACUGCGCUACCACCACAUCAAGUCUUGAUUCUUUGCACACAGACCACAGCAGACAAGACCCAUGCGCCACCGCGGUCCUUGAAGUAGCCUCCACCAUCACCGCUAAUAAUAUACCGACAACCACAUCCAAGCCAGCAAUUGAAAAUCUAUUCGAAAAGGAGCUUACCCCUAUAUUAUCUGAAUCUGUGCUCGAAAUUCUUAAUAAGAAUAUGGAGAGACUGUUUGAGUUUUUCUUCGAGAAAUCUAGGUCAAUGGCCGACACCGGUCACGGACUUAUAGAUGCUAUAUAUCGCUGUUUUACAUCUCCAGACUUUACAGACGAACAACUAAAUUGCAUAAUCCGGGGGACAUUUGAGAGAUUCCUGGUAACAGACAGACCGUUCGCUUCUUCCAAGUUCAUGACUAAGGAAGCCAAGAUCAACAGAAUAUUGAAGGGACUUUCAAGCCGGCACAUACGGAGAGUGAUGCCUGCGAGAUUCUUUGAUGCCAUUUCGGCAUCUCUCGACGAUGUACCCUGGAGAGGCCGACUUAUUCUUGGACAAAAGUUGAUGUCAUUCGGGGAGCGAGUUGCAGCCUUGGAGCAGUUCCUUGCGUCACUUCUUGAAUGCUUGAUGCUUUGGAAAGUUAAACCUGGAAGUACCGACAUAGAAGCUAUCCUAACGGAGAUCAUCAAAGCCGACCGCAGCACAUCACGACCUCUUCUACCCUCCAUAACUAAUCGAGAAAUCAGGGAGAUACUAAGAAUGCCAGGAUUGUCACAGACCAGUAUUACCGAGCUUCUUUAUCUCACGGGUACUCUAGCAGUCUGUUGCUUUCGGCACCUUUUUCUGAAGACUGGAAAGAAGCUGAUAGACUUGUUGAACUCAACGCUGGAGAAAGAAAUUUACAGCCGUCGUGCAUAUCUGUGGAUUAGUCUCUACAUACAACUAUACAAGGAUUUUGGCGACCUUAACAACCUGCAGCAAGCUGCCUCUUGGGCUGCGUCUGCCUGUUCGAUCGCAAACUCCGUCCUGUCGUCCAAUGUUGAGGUUGGUGAUGAUGCAUGGAAACGUACCUGGGGCGAAAUGCCGGUUCCGUGGGAACUACAAGCUGAAUAUCCUGAGGUAGUUCACCAAACAAUCGACAUCAAAAGGAGACUGGGCUACACAGAGGGACUAUCUAUGCCAAAAGCGCCGACAAGAACGCCUCUGGAUAGUAUAGUACCAGAAGUACGGUCUGAAGCAUGUUCCACCACGACGGACUUGUUCGAGAUACCAAGGUCUCCUUCCAAUAGCGGGGAGGCAAGCGAGCCUUCAUUAGAUAUUUUUUCGGGCGGGAAAAGUGUGAAAUACGGUGUCACCUACACGGAAAGCUUGGCAUCUGGACCUAGCAUGAACUAUAAUGCUCUUUUCCCUCCUGGUACUAAGUAGAGAUUUCUUAUUUGUUAAGUACUGUUUGCAG